UUUUCACUUCUCUCUCUCUCUCUCUCUUUGUUUCAACGGGCGAGGAUUUUUCGAAACGAAAGCUCGUGUUCUUUCCCAGGGAAGCUUUUCUUAGGCUCCAAUUUAUCGGUCUCUUCGAUUAGCUCCACUUCGAUUCCCGCCAGUUCUCAGCGAGCAGAGGAUUUUGGGUUUUAGAGAUGAUUGUGUUUUUAGAAGGAUGAGAUGGCUGAGGUGAAAUUGGAAGAGUGUUGUCUUGAGAAUAAGCAAUCGACGGCCGCUUCCAGCUCCUCUGUAUCCGAAGGCAGUGGCAGUGCAACUCUCAAGUCCCCAGGGACGUGUAGCCCGGCUCCAACAUCACCUUCUAAUCGGAGGGCCACUGGCCCAAUUAGGCGAGCAAAGGGCGGUUGGACCGCACAGGAGGAUGAGACGUUAAGAAAUGCUGUUGCAGCUUUUAAGGGGAAGAGUUGGAAGAAAAUAGCUGAGUUUUUUCCUGAUAGAUCAGAAGUCCAAUGUCUGCAUCGAUGGCAGAAAGUUCUUAAUCCAGAUCUAGUAAAAGGGCCAUGGACUCAAGAGGAGGAUGAUAAAAUCAUCGAACUGGUGGCAAAAUAUGGACCUACAAAAUGGUCUUUGAUAGCCAAGUCUUUGCCUGGUCGAAUAGGGAAACAAUGCCGUGAGAGGUGGCACAAUCAUUUGAAUCCAGACAUAAAAAAGGAUGCUUGGACUUUAGAUGAAGAAUUAGCUCUCAUGAAAGCCCAUCGGUUACAUGGGAACAAAUGGGCCGAAAUAGCUAGGGUUCUACCUGGAAGAACUGACAAUGCUAUAAAGAAUCACUGGAAUAGUUCCUUGAAGAAAAAGUUGGAUUUUUAUUUGGCUACUGGGAAACUUCCACCAAUCGCAAAGAACAGUCCCCAAAAUGGUUCUAAAGAUACAAAUAGAUCUUCUGCAACUAAAAACUUGUUUGUUUGUUCAAAUAAAGGCUCAGAUUCAACUGCCCAAUCAUCAUCAGGAACUACAGAUAUUUGUAAGACAAAUGAAAAUAGCAAGGAUCAGUUAGUGUCCUCAGCCCCGCCUCCUGAUAUGGUUGCCUCAUCAAAUCCCAUUCCGAAUAGUUCUGCUGAUUCUGAAUGUGGAGAAUGCAAGGCAGGAUCAUCCAAUGUGGAUUUUAGCUGCAGCAACUCAGGGUCAUUGCCAAAUUUUGAGAAUUCUGGAAUCAACAGCGAGCAGAAGAUUGAGAAUUGUGCAAUCAACAGCGAGCAGAAGAUUGAGAAUUCUGGAAUCAUCAAUGAUCAAAUGUUUGAGAAAUAUGGAAUCGAUGGUGAAACUGAUGAAGACAAGGUUAAUGGAACACCUUUGCCAUUUCAAACGCCAACAUAUGGUUCUUUAUACUAUGAGCCACCACAGUUAAACAGUUAUAUUCCAUUGGAUGUGGGUCUUAUGAACUUGUGUUGCAUACAGCAUGAAUACAACCCUAGUUCAGUUGUUUCACCUGUAAGUUUCUUCACUCCACCUUGUGUGAAGAGCAGUGGUUUAAGCAUGCAAAGUCCUGAGUCAAUAUUGAAGAUGGCUGCUGAGAGCUUCCCGAAUACUCCUUCCAUAUUGAGAAAGAGGAGGACAGAAGAUCAAAAGCAUCUGCACCGCAGUAAAAUUGUGAAAGCAGAUGAGGAAUUGGUUGAGGAUGUUGUUCAUGCUUCUGAUGAACAGAAAAAAAGUAAAAACAGUUUGGAGAAAUCUGAUUCUGUAGAUGGGAGUUUGUGUGUGAGUCCUACUUGUCACGCUAACAGCAUUGGUAAUGCAUCUCCUCCGUAUAGGUUAAGAUCCAAACGAACUGCUGUUUUCAAGUCUGUGGAGAAACAACUUGAGUUCACAUUUGACAAAGAGAAGUGCGACAGUAGUACGAAAUCCAAGGAAUUAUCCAGAAAGGGAAGCUCUCCUGUUACUCCAGAUUGCUCACAUGCAGCAAAGAUUGGAGUGACCUAGGGAUUUUAUUCUAGGGAUAAUGGCUGGAAAUGUUUUGAAGUUGGCUGACCGUUUCCUUCAAUAUGGUGAUCAAAUUAUGAAUUCUACAAAGGCUGCUCAAAAGCAAAGAGUGAUGACUUCAUUACACGCUCAGAACGAUAUCAUCAUCUUGCAGAUGACACAAGCGCUGCUGUUUUAGUAGGUACACGGACAAUUUUUUGCAUCAUGGCUACAUGGACAAAAGUGAGUGGCUGUAGGCUUCUGGUAGGUGUAGAAUAAGAGACGAAAGGUCCCAAAUUACCUGUGAAGAUAUAUUUGACUGUACUGGAAUUGUACAGAUACCCCCCAUCGUAUUAGGAGAAAUGAUGCUUGAAUGUUUUCAAAAACAAAAUUUAGCACACUCCCCCGGGCUUCAUUGCCUUUUCUGAUUCUUUUCUGCAUACAAUCUAGAAGUGGGAGGUACCAAUGUAAUUGAACUCAUAAGACCCCUGUAUUUAAAAAAUCCAAGUGUUACUUUCAAUGGUGCUUA